UAUAAACUGAUAGAGAAAUCAUUCCCAGUUAACUUACAGACUCUUUAAAAACUUCAAUAUAGAUUAUCAAUCAAUUCCACAUAAAAUCUUUAUUUUGAUUUUUGUGAAUCCCAAUUAUAAUUAAUGUUUCCUAUUUUCAAUUUGUAGGUAAAAACAUAAGUUUUAACUAAUGUUUUCUACUGCAAUUUUCUUCCUACAAAUCUUUUACCCAAAGUAACCUCAAUCAAUCCAGGCCUCUUGGCAACCAAAAAAUGUCAUUGGAAAUUGAAAGAGAUGAAACAACAAAUACAAGUACAACUGAAGAUGAAAACAUCAAAGAUGAACAGCUUUUGUCGGAUAUGUCUUCAUCAUUGGACAGUCCCAAUCCUUCUGCAUUGCUAUUGGACAGAAUUCCAUCACAGACUCUGCACAAAUGCUCGUUUGCUGAGGCAAAGUCGUUUCUUUCAAAAUGUGAAGGGUCUACUAAUGAUUCCCUAUGGAAUCAUCUAAGCGAUCUAAUUUCAAAAAUAUUAGAAGAAAGACCAGUGAAUGUGAUUGACUUCCUUGAAGAGUACAGCUCUCGUGUAAAGAGAGAAAGAUUCGAGAUUUCCAACAAUCAUAUCCAAAAAGUUUAUGUCCAUACAUCUGAUCUUGAUUAUGCUAGAAGAAACAUUGAAUUAAUAAAGGCUGCUGAAAUCCAACAAACUUCUGAAAUAGUUGAAGAUGUUAACGAGGAAGAGACCGAAGAUGGUGGAGCCACAGCUUCCGAUAUUAAGAUGGGCUUCCUGCAAUUUAUGAGCAAUUUCCGACAAGCUGGUGUUGGCCUGUCAAAAGAUGACUCAUUCUUGAUAAAUUUGUCUCUCAUCAAAUUACAGAAGACUCAACCAGUGCUCAAGUACAAAUUCUGGGGAAAAAUUUUUGGAUUAAAAAAGGAUUAUUUGAUAGCUGAAUGUGAUUUGACCAAAGAAGAAAUUGAGAGACGAGACCAGGAAGAACAAGAUAAACUAGCAGGAGAAAAGGAACAGGAAGAAAAGGACGAAGAAGAGAAGAAACUGAUGGAAGAAGAGGAACAGAAGCAGAAAGAGGAGGAAGAAAGAAUACAGAGUGAGCAGAUGAAGGAGAACCCUAGUGAAGAUAAGAGUGAUGAGAACAGAGAAAGGUCUUCAGAGGAGAAAGAGAAAGUUACUCCGGUUGUACCUCUGAGAGAGCAGUAUAAACGGCCAAAAACACCAGAAGUCAUUGAAGAGGUUAAACCCGAAGUGGAAUCAGAACCACCGGGGGAAGGAAUCAAUAAAAAGGUUUAUUUUGUAUGUAAUGAACCAGGAGAUGAUUGGAUAGAACUGCCAAACGUGACACCAAAGCAAAUCCAAAUAGCUAGGAAAAUCAAACGCUAUUUCACUGGGGAUCUUGAAACUGAGAUCAAUACAUACCCCAUAUUUCCUGGCAAUGAGAAGAACUACUUGAGAGCACAAAUUGCAAGAAUCUCAUCUUCCACUCAUAUCUCGCCUCUCGGCUAUUACACUUUCCACAAUGAUUUGGAAGAGGAGGAAGAGGAAGAGAAUGACGAGGAUGAGGAAGAAGAAGAAGAGAAGAAAAUGAGCUUUGUAUCCAAUUCGCAAUAUGAACCUGCAUCUAUAGAAGAGUUGACAGAUCCGUCAAUGUCGUUUUGGGUCCAUCAUGCCUUCCACCUUCUGAAGCAAGGUCGAGCCACAUUUUGGAAGCCAAAACCGAUCAAAGAUGAAGAAGAAGGUGAGGAGGCAGAAGAAGAACAGGAGGAGGAGGAAGAAGAGGAAGGAGAAGGUGAAGAGGUGGCUGAGGAGGCUCUGCCCCUGUUGACCCCUCUGUCAGGUGACACCUGUCUGGAGACCAGAACCAUGUGGAGUGUGCGUCAGACGUCGACUUACGCCAAAGAGAAUGCAGUCGCGUUUGUCGUGUCCAAUUUGUGGCCUGGCGCUUAUGCGUUUGCUUCUGGAAGGAGCUACGGAAAUAUCUACAUUGGGUGGGGUCACAAAUAUUUGGCACGCGGGUACUCACCAGCCCCACUUCCGCAUCCCGAGGAAGAGUACGAGAUCGGACCGGAAGUGAUGGAAAUGACCGAUCCCACACCGGAAAUGGAGGAGGAAUGGCGGGAAAAGCAGAGGAAGAAGGAGAUGGAGAAGGUGGCUGAGACAGAGGGCGAAGAGGAGGAGGAAGAAGAGGAGGAGGGCGAUGAAGAUGACGAGGAUGACGAUUGAUUAUUAAUUUUAUAAUUUAUUUUUUAUUAAUGUUAUUGAUUGUUGACUGGACGUUUACAAGCUAUCAUUGAAUUGAAUAUGGUACAUUAAAGGAUUGAAGAUAGAAAAAGUUUCAUUGAUCGUUCAAAAAUAAAACACACGUUCUUUCAGACAACAAGUUUAUUUAAAAUACAUAUAAGUUUUACAUAGAAUAUAUAGAAUAUUUUUUUAUAAAUAUACAAAUAUGUAAAAGCGAAUGUAGUUUCAACUAACAAAUAUAGACAAUGAUAAUAAAAAAUACUGAGAGUGAUCACAAUAUUAUACCGUUGGGAAUGGGUAACGCAUCUUAUCAAUUAAAUCCAUUAUUCUAAUACUGUCAAAUAUUGCAUCAACGUCAGAAUUCGAAUAAAAUAUUCAAUUUAUCUUAGCUCUAGAGCAUUUAAUAAUUGAAAUGUGAAAAUAAGUAGUAUGAAAGCAAAGCUAAAGAUAGCAGAGGUAGUAAAACUAUAUGAAAUAAAAUAUAAUUAUUGAAAAGAAAAUUUCAAUAACGAUAAGAAGUGAUAAUAACAAGCUAUUUGUAAUUGGAUGACACAGUAUCAUAUAAAAUACAAAUUUUAGCUACUGAAAACAAUCAGUCUGGUAUAAAAAUAUUCAAUGGUUUUAUUAAGUCUAAUCUUAAGAUUGUUGAUUACUUGGUUCUUAAAAUACAACUACAUCAAUACAGAUAACACCAAACUAACUUAUAAACAACAGAUUGUAACAAACAAAGCUGUUAAAAAAACCUUGUAAAUGCAAAGUGGCUGUAUAAUAGCAUAUAAUUUAUUGCACUGUAUAAUACUGUAUUAUUACGAAUGAUUUUUGCAUUCAAAUGAUCAUAAUUUUAGAUUAAAAGUUUCCCAACUUGAGAGCAAUGUAAUAAUAAUACAUGCCAAUCUUUUUAUAAAAUAGACAAUUUAUCACUGUUGAUAAAACAGACAAACAAUUAAAAUUGUUUAAACAAUUUUAAACACAGUUUAAAAUUUGAGGUUUGUAGUGAAAACUGUU